ACUCCUUUGUGGAGGAAGGACGAUGAAGGCAAGACUGUUUGCAACGCAUGCAGCCUCUACUAUAAGCUUCACGGCUCUGCUCGUCCCAUUAGUAUGAAAUCCGAUAUUAUUCGGAAGCACUCUCGACACGAUGCUCGUGCGCAGCGCUCCUCCCUCACCGAGCCCCCAAGCGCAUCUAACACGCCUGGCACUCCUUCCGUUAUGGAGGAGACAGUUUCAGAAUGGGUUCUGGUGCGACAAGCGCAGGCACUUCUUCGUCUUCGCGGCGCAGCAGCAUGGACUCGUCUGUCCACACAGUAG